CUGCGCGGGAAGCAUCCACCACCCUUCGCGACCGGCCGCGCCUGUCUUACGUUACCUCUCCCCGUUUUCUUCUUCCUUUUCUCCCCUCCCCUUCUCUCCGUGCGCUCGAUCCCAUCCACAAUGGCAGACCAAUCACUCCCCCAUCCAGAGCAGCUUUCCCGAGGAGACUCGCCAGCCGGGAACCCCUCGGGCACUGCGGAGAAGCAUGGGGGGGAAGCUGACGGCCAAGAGGACCCGCCGCCAAAGCCGCUCAAAACCAGAACCAGCUCCAGCAAGAAGGAGAAACAGCCCGAGGGAGGCUUCGAUGACACGCCCGUUCCCCAUGCGCCCCCGGGCUACACCAUCAGAGUCACUUUCCACCGCGCUACCAACCUGCCUCUCGCCGACAUCAACACCCUCUCCGCUGACCCCUUCAUCGUCGCCGAGCUCAUCACUGCCCUUCCCACCCGCCACAAGGAAGACCCUCCGCUACAGCUGCGCACCCCCACCGUCCGCCAGAAUACCGACCCAGAGUGGAAUACACAAUGGAUAAUAGCCAACGUGCCCGCCUCCGGUUUCAGGCUCAAAUGCCGCCUCUACGACGAGGACCCCGCUGAUCACGAUGAUCGUCUCGGCAACGCACAUGUCGUAGUGGAUUCGUUGAGCGAGCACUGGCCGGGUAUCAAGGAACAGCGCUACUCGAUCAAGAAGCGCAUGGGCAGCAAGCGCGCAUACUUGCUGAGAGCUGUCGCUGUGUGCUUCAACAAGGUCCAGCACAUGAGCGGCUCUCUAUAUGUCAGCGUCGAGCUUUUGGGCAGAACCCAAGGCGAGCACGGAGGUCGUGUCUACACAGUCGGACCCCAGUUUUGGAUACGGCAUUACUCUCCCAUGCUAGGGCGUCUACUGGGUCAAAAGGAGCCCAACACCGAGUCAUCCUCUUCAUCACAUUCCAAGGGGAGAUCGAAGGCGCAGCGCUAUAACUUCCAGGCAAAUGAAAUGCAACUGAGGGGUCCUGUACCCGAGGCCAUGUAUCAUCGCUAUGUUGAGUUCAAGCCUUUUGUGAAAUCCAUGUUCACAGCAAAGGGUGUACGAGGCUUCAUCCUCUCCAAAGCUCUCCAUCAUCAGCAUGCGCGUGUUUAUAACUUUGACCGCGAAACCGAAUACCAAACAUUGCCAGAGCCAUGCAAAGAGUUCACCCAAAAGUUCUUGGAGCUCGUGCACUACGACCAGGGUGGCCGCAUCUUCACCUACGUCCUGACCCUAGACGCCCUUUUUCGUUUUACCGAGACUGGCAAAGAGUUUGGCAUCGAUAUGUUAUCCAAGCAUACUAUGCACAGCAAUGUCGCCGCAUACACCGCCUUUUCCGGUGAGUUCUUCAUACGUCGACUCAAGUACCCCUACUUGGAUCCGCCCGAGACAGGCGGUCACAACGUGUCACAUCCACCAGAUGCUAUCUCAGGCGAGCCUUCGAAUGAUGAACCUGCCAAGGAUCCUGCGUACUAUGAGUUGAUUAUCGACAACGACUCCGGUACAUACCGUCCAAAUGCCAAACUACUUCCAGAACUUAAAUCAUUCUUCGAAGAGAAUUUUCCGGGUUUGCGGAUCGUGACUCUCGACUGCCAGAGCGAGGCAGAGAAGAUGGAGAAGUUGAAAGAGGAGCAGCGCGAACGUAAGAAGGCAGAGGGUGACCAUAUUGUGUUUGCACAGGCUAGCAGGAGCAGCAGUAUGAGUUCAAGCGAUAUCGAGGAGCUCGAUCGUCUGGAAGAGCUAGGCGAACGGCCCGAACCCCAUUUGAGGCAUCAAAUCAUCGGAGCGGUGGACGAGAGGGUGGACGCGGCUAUGCUACACGCAAAAGCUUAUAAGCCCGGUAGAAACAGGCAGGGCAAGGUACAAGAAGCCCCUCAAGCCAAGCAAACCGAUGCGUCUCAAGCGACGGCUCGCGAAGAGGCGAUUCGAGAUCAGGCUACUCAAGAACAGCCCAGGUAG